UAAUCGGGACAACCUGUCCUGAUAUUUAUUCUCUCUUAUUACUAUUUCUCUUUCCUCUUCUAAAGUUUCAUUUCAUCCUCACUUCACAAUAUUUUCUAAGCUCUUAUUUAGUCUUCUAAUCUAAAAUUAUCGAAUGAUUAAUCUCUUGUCAAUAACACUAUCUUAACGUGUUACAAUUCGUUUUUCUUUCAUAAUUAAAUGCUUAAUUAAUUGAUAGUUGUGAUCGGGACUUUAAUAAUUGAAUUUAAUUUCAAUAAUACUUGACUUAGAGCAAGUUUAUAUAUACUGGAUCCACCUCUUCAUAAUAAUAGUGCACCUAUCAGUUUGUUAAGCUUUUUGAAUUCAGUGAAAUCUUUGUUUUGAUCAGUAAUGCUGGAAUAUUUGUAGUAAUAUUGCUCAGUGAAUUUGCGAGUUGUUUGAGUUACCUGCAGUAAUGGCACAGAGUAAUUGGGAAGCAGAUAAGAUGCUGGAUGUUUACAUCCAUGACUAUUUGCUGAAACGAAAGCUGCAUAAUUCUGCAAAAGCUUUCAUGACAGAAGGAAAGGUUGCUACUGAUCCUGUAGCUAUUGAUGCACCUGGAGGAUUUCUUUUUGAAUGGUGGUCUGUGUUCUGGGACAUUUUCAUUGCAAGGACAAAUGAAAAACAUUCCGAGGCAGCAGCAGCGUACAUAGAGACUCAACAAAUGAAAGCAAGAGAGCAUCAGCAUCAGCAGCAAUUACAAAUGCAGCAGUUGCAACUCAUGCAGCAAAGAAAUGCACAGUUACAGCGAAGGGAUCCAAAUCAUUCCCCUCUUGGAGGUCCUAUAAAUGCUAUCAACUCCGAAGGUAUGAUGGGGCAGCCAUCUGCCAGUGUAUUGGCAAUGAAAAUGUACGAGGAACGGAUGAAGCACCCUCAGUCCAUGGACUCGGAGACAUCUUCAGCUCUUGUUGAUCCCAAUAGGAUGGCACUUCUCAAGUCAGCAACUAAUUAUCAAGGCCAGUUGGUACAAGGAAGUUCAGGGAACAUGUCUGGAGCUUUGCAGCAAAUACAAGGACGGCCUCAGCUGGCAACUGAUAUUAAAGGGGAAGUGAACUUGGGUGGCACUCAGAAGUCUUUGCCCAUGGAUCCUUCAUCUAUUUAUGGGCAAGCAAUUCUUCAGUCAAAGGCUGGACUUGGUGCAGGGUUGAACCAAGGUGUCACUGGUCUACCAUUGAAGGGUUGGCCUUUAACAGGAAUUGACCAAGUAAGGCCCAGCUUGGGUUUGCAAGUACCAAAGCCCAACUUACAGACGCCAAAUCAAUUUCUUUUGGCAUCACAACAACAGCAGGUCCUAGCUCAAGCUCAAGCCCAAGGUAACCUUGGAAACUCACCUAAUUAUGGGUUCGGUGGAUUACCUAGAGGGAACUUUAAUGCGAAAGAUGGUCAGCCCCCAAGAAAUGAUGGAUCCAUUUGUUCUCCAGUACAGGCAAAUUCACCAAAGAUGAAGAUGUCCCCAGUGCAGCAUUCUUCGUCUCAACAACAGGACCAGUUGCAGCAGCAACAACAACAACAACAACAACUGCAACAGACCAACAGAAAACGAAAGCAACAUUCGUCUUCUGGACAUGCUAAUAGUACUGGCACUGGUAACACAGUUGGCCCUUCACCAAGCUCACCAGCAUCAACUCAUACCCCAGGUGAUGGGAUGACUAGCAUGUCAAAAGGCUUGAUGAUGUAUGGAGGAGAGGGAGCUGGUGGCAUUGCGUCCUCUACAAAUCAACUGGAUGACUUAGAGCCUUUUGGAGACAUUGGUUCUUUGGAAGAUAAUGUGGAAUCAUUUCUGUCAAAUGACGGAGGAGAUGGAAACAUCUAUGGCACAUUGAAACAAACUCUUACCGAGCACAAGCCUGAAUCUUCAAAAGGUUUCUCCUUUGGUGAAGUUGGUUGUAUACGCACGAGAAAUAAAGUGACUUGCUGUCAUUUCUCGUCAGACGGAAAGUUACUUGCUAGUGCUGGACAUGACAAGAAGGCUGUUCUUUGGAACAUGGAUACUCUGCAAACAGAGACCACCCCUGAGGAACAUCAAUACUUGAUUACAGAUAUCCGCUUCCGGCCUAAUUCUUCUCAACUUGCAACUGCUUCAUUUGACAAGUCUGUGAGAUUAUGGGACGCAACCAAUCCUAGCUAUUGUUUGCAUGCUUACACGGGGCAUCCUUAUCAUGUUAUGUCGUUGGAUUUUCAUCCUAAAAAGAACGACCUAUUCUGUUUUUGCGAUAGCAACUAUGAAAUUCGCUACUGGAGUAUUAGUCCAUUUACAUGUACUCGGGUGUCCAAGCAAGGAGGCAGUGCACAAGUGAGGUUUCAGCCAAUGAGUGGGCGUCUAUUGGCUGCCGCUUCAGAUAAGACAGUUUCCGUCUUUGAUGUCGAGAAUGACAGGCAAAUUCAUUCUUUCCAGGGACAUCCUGGAGUGGUGAACUACCUGUGUUGGGAUCUCAAUGGUGACUUACUGGCAUCAGUUAGUGAGGAGUCUGUCAAAGUUUGGUCAUUGAACACCGGUGACUGCAUUCAUGAGCUAAGUGCUACUGGGAAUCAGUUCCACUCUUGCGUUUUUCAUCCUAGUUAUUCAGCUCUGUUGGUGAUUGGAGGAAUGAGGUCUCUGGAGCUGUGGGACAUGGUUGAGAAUAAAAGCAUGACAGUUCCAGCACAUGACAACAUUAUCGCUGCCCUAGCGCAGUCACCAGCGACUGGAAUGGUUGGUUCUGCAAGUCAUGACAGUUCGGUCAAGUUAUGGAAAUAAAGGAGAGAGGAUUCAAUGUCAAGAUGUCACCAUAAAGCAGUUGACAUUUGCUUUUAAGCAAUAUAACAAAAAAAGAAAUUUAGGUAUAUUUAUAGCCUUUUGUUUUUUAUAAAGAAUAUCCAUGUUUGUUGCUUGUUAUAGUUAAACAUUAGAGCGUGGUUUGCGGUUGAGAAGCGAGUUGCACUGAGCCAUAGUUUGGUAAUGUAGGAGAGCUUAACCAAUUCGUAAUUUUUCAUGGUAAAUUGUAAACUGAUAAUGACGCAUUUUAAUACCUCAAAUUAUCACUGCUAAA